GUAAUGUCCAGAGAAGCUCCAGAAUUAUGUAAGAGUGACGUGCUGUCAUCCCCUCUCGGCCAGCCCACCGCCUGGCAGGAACGUGGCCGUUUGUUUUCCUUUUAUCCUCCCUCUCUCGCAAAAGCCAAAAGGACAUCUGUCAGAGUCGGGACUCGUAGUAGCCUCGCCGUCGGGAGCCUCGCUGCUCUGGAAGCUCGGUCCGGUCGUCGCGAAGAAGCCGAAGGCACAAGUUUGUAGCGAUGCAGAAGGAGACGAGCGCACGUUCGGAGAAUCUGCUUCUGGUGCUGCACUUUGAGACGAGGUCCGUGUGAUGCUGGAGAGGAGGAGAGCUGGAAGAUGAAGUUUAAGAAGUUCAUUACAAUCAUGCAGGCAGCGAUGGGGAUCGUACCCCUGAACAAACGGGAGCUUCUGCCCCCCGGCAGGAAGCUGUGGAGACCCCCGGGGGACCAGCCUGGCUCUGACCAGACCAGCACUGACCUGCUCAAGUCCAGCCGCAAGCUCUACUGGUCCAGAGAAGCCCAGUACCUGUAUCUGCGCCGCCUGUCUUCACGGAGCUACUCGGCUAUUAUGAUGAACCCGGUCAUGGAGGAGACCGUGUGGGAGCAGUACACCGUGACCCUGCAGAGGGAUCCAAAGAUGGGCUUCGGCAUCGCCGUGUCGGGAGGGCGGGACAACCCCAACGAGGACAGCGGCGAGACGUCCAUCGUGGUGUCCGACGUCCUGCAGGGAGGUCCGGCUGACGGAUUAUUGUUCGAGAAUGACCGAGUGAUCCAGGUGAACGCCAUCCCCAUGGAGGGGGCCAUGCACUCCUUCGCCGUCUCCACCCUCAGAAAAUGUGGCAAAGUCGCAAAAAUUACAGUGAAGAGGCCCAGGAAGGUUCCAGUUAACCUGCUGAACCGCCCGCCGUCGCCCGACGACAGAGUCUUCAACAACGACUACAACGACGAAUACAACUACGAGCAGGACCGCCGCAGCGUCUACAGCGGCCGGAGUGGCGGCGGGCGAGACCACAGCCUGGAGAGGGAGCGAGGCGGCGGCGGCGGCUACAUGGACUCUGGCUACCAAACACGUGAGCGCGACUAUGACAGGGACUAUGACCGGCGGGAACGUGGCCGCAGCACAGAGCGAGACCUCAGCCCGGACCGGCAGUACCGGAGGGACGGCAGCCGAGGUCGCACUCUGGACCGCGAGCGCAGCCCCGACCGCCGCUACCGGAGCGACCACGUGCUGGACCGCGACUACAGCCCGGACAGGAGGUACCGCAGCGAGCGCGCCUUGGACCGAGACCACAGUCCGGACCGGCGCUACCGCAGCGAGCGAGCCCUGGACCGCGAGUACAGCCCAGACAGACGCUACCGCAGCGAGCGAACGCUGGACCGGACCAACAGUCCUGACCUGCGCUACGGACGCGAUGGCCACAGCCCCGGACGAGGCCGCGACCGCAGCUUCGAGCGGGGACGAAUCCACAGCGACCCGAGGAAGUACGAGGAGCCGAUGAAGCGGAGUGGCAGCAGGGACCGCCUGGACCGAACGCCAUCGCCCGCCGCCGCACCAAUCCCCCUGCCUCGACCCGCCAGAGAACUGCCGAACCUGGAGCCGCUGGAGAAACCUCUGAAUGUGCUGCUGCUGAAGAACCGUCCCAACGAAGAGUACGGACUUCGUCUGGGCAGCCAGCUCUUCAUCAAGGAGAUGACCAGCACCGGGCUAGCCAGCAGAGAUGGAAACCUGCAGGAAGGAGACAUUAUACUGAAGAUCAACGGCACGGUGACGGAGAACCUGUCCCUGAGCGACGCCGGCAAGCUGAUCGAGAAAUCUCGCGGGAAGCUGCAGCUGGUGGUGCAGAGAGACCGACGGCAGGUUCUGAUCCGAGUCCCGCCGAUGGUCGACAGCGACUCGGAGCUCGAUGAUAUCUCUGAGAUCGAGUCGUACCGAUCGUACUCUCCGCAGGACGACAGACGAGGCCAUCACUCCGACCUCUCCUCCCACUCCUCCAAUGAGAGACUCAGAGACAAACCCAGAGAGGACCCACCGAACAGAAUGGCUAAAAUGGGCGCCAUGCCGACGCCGUUCAGAGGCGCCGACCGAGGCGUUGAGGACACGCCCCCUUUGCAGGCAGAGAGGGAGGAGCCUCGAUCAGCGACGCCACCAGCCGUCACCGUGGCGCCGAAGGUUCACGCUCCCCCCAAGGUGCCGCUGAAGCCGAGCUUGGAGGACCAGGAAGUGUAUGGUCCAAACACGAUGAUGGUGCGUUUCCAGAAAGGCGACAGCGUCGGCCUGAGGCUGGCGGGAGGAAACGAUGUGGGCAUCUUCAUCGCUGGCGUUCAGGAGGACAGUGCAGCCGAGCAGGAGGGUCUGCAAACAGGAGACCAGAUCAUGAAGGUGAACAACAUGGACUUCAGGGGGAUGGUGCGUGAAGAUGCCGUCCUCUACCUGCUGGAGAUCCCCAAAGGAGAAGACGUGACCAUUCUGGCACAGAGCAAACCUGAAGUGUACAAGGACAUUUUAGCGUCUGGCAGAGGCGACUCCUUCUUCAUCAGAACCCACUUUGAGUACGAGAAAGAGGCUCCGCAGAGCCUCCCGUUCUCCAGAGGGGAGAUCUUCAAAGUAACGGACACGCUUUAUGACGGCAAGCUGGGAAACUGGCUGGCGAUCCGCACCAACAAAGACAACCAGCUGCUGGAGAAAGGAAUCAUCCCCAACAAGAGCAGAGCGGAGCAGAUGUCGAACGUCCAGAACGCUGCUCGGGCUGCAUCGGGCAACGACAGAGGAGACUUCUGGAGGCUCCGAGGCCAAAGAGCAGCCAAGAAGAAAGACCUUCGCAAGAGCCGGGAGGACCUGAGUGCUGCCCCGGUGACCACUCGGUUCCCCGCCUACGAGAGGGUGGUGUUACGAGAAGCUGGCUUCAAGAGACCUGUGGUGAUAUUUGGACCCAUUUCUGAUGCGGUGAACGAUAAACUGGCCAACGACAUUCCCAACGACUUUGUUGUCGCCAAAACGGAACCAAAGGACGCAGGAACUGAGAAAUCCUCCGGCGUGGUGAGACUGAACACCAUCCGACAGAUCAUUGAACAGGACCGCCACGCUCUGCUGGACGUGACUCCCAAAGCCGUGGACACCCUGAACUACACCCAGUGGUAUCCCAUCGUCAUCUUCCUGAACCCCGACAGCAAGCAGGGCGUCAAGACCAUGAGGAGCCGCCUGAUGCCGGGAUCCAACCGCAGCGCCAGGAAACUGUACGAGCAGGCGGUCAAGCUGAGGAAGACCUGCUCGCACCUCUUCACUGCAACCAUCGACCUGAACUCGGCCAACGACGCCUGGUACGGCAGCAUCAAAGACUCGAUCCGGGAGCAGCAGGACCGAGCCGUGUGGGUGUGUGAGGGCAAGCUGGACGGUUCAGAAGAAGACCUGGACCUGCACGACGACCGCAUGUCCUACCUGUCGGCGAUGAGCGCCGACUACCUGAGCAUGGACAGCCGUCUGACCAGCGACUACGAGGACACGGCGGACGAGGGCGGAGCUUACACCGACAACGAGCUGGACGAGGCGCUGGACGAACCUCAGCCGGUUUCGGCCAUCAGCCGGUCGUCAGAGCCGGUGCUGCCAGACGAGAGGCCUCACCCUGAACCUCGGGCUCGUAUGAGGAGGUCGGGCAGCAGAGAGGUUCUGCACCGAGAGCCCAGCCCUCCCCCUUCGUUUGUCCCCGAACCCCCCAAGGUUCGUGGUCAGACUCGGACCGACUCGACGCGGAGCUACGAGUCGCACUCAAGCAGCACCAUCAGCAGCGACGCGGCCGGAGGGAGCAAGCCGCCGCCUCCACCGGUGGCCAUGAAGCCCAACAUCGGCCGACUGCACCAGUCGUCAGAGGAGCAGAGUCCAGGCAAGGAGGACGAGGAGGACCCGGCCAACAAGUCCUUCCUGGGAAAGAUCAAAGCGUUUGAGAAGAUGGACCACCUGGCCCGAGCUCAGAGGCUGCUGGAGCUGCAGGAGGCGGAAAACGCUCGACUGGAAAUCGCCCAGAAGCAUCCGGACAUUUACGCCGUCCCAGUGAAGCUGCCAAAACCCAACCACAACCGUCCUCAGCCAAUCGGUUCCAGCUCCAACCCCGAGCCCCAGACCCCGUCCAGGCCGUCGUACUCGGAGUCGAGGGGCCACGAGGACGACGAGGCCGAGUACCGGCGGCAGCUGGCCGACCAGACCAAGAGAGGAUACUACAACCCCCAGAAAUACAAAGACACCGAGCUGUAGGGAGUGGCCGUUGCCACGGUAACGGCUUCCUCAGCUUCACCUUGACUCUCAGAACUCCUUCGUCUGUUCCCAUCCGGGCCACGAACACGAACCACCUGUCCCGAACAAAAGCCGACUCGUCUGACGUCCUGCUCCUCCUUCACACGCCCGAUGGCUUCGCUGUAAAUAUUCUGUCUGUUGUCUGUGAGCGAGCUUUAAGUUUCCCUCCGUCACACCCGACCUCAGGUUGUGCCUCUCACGGUGACGUUACAGCCAAUCAGAGCCUGAUCUGAAAGAGGAGCUCUGAAGAUAUGUCCAGAAUCCACACAGGCUUUUUUAAAAAACAUUUAUAUUAAAAAAAAAAUGCUGAUUUUAAAGCAGAUUUUGUUUCCUGUCCGGACGUCUGGAGACGCCAUAGUUCCUCAUUUAGGUCGUAGACAGAAUUAAUGGAAAGAAUCGUGCAUAUAAACACAUAAAAGCCCUUUUCAGACACGAAAUAUGUUCAAUUGCACCUUUAUCAACUGUCCAAUUAAGUAACAGCCUGGUUUUUUCAGGAGUUCCUAGAAACAGACAGUUCUACUGAUGUGUGGUGAUAAUCUAAAUGUAAAAUAAAGAAUACAAAGCAAGUAAAGACGGUGACACAGUGUGACCUGCUGCUAGAUCUGAUCCAUCCUGUCUCCAUGUCGGGGAUUAGUUCUAAUUAUUGAAUGAAGUUACUGCUGCUGUACAUAAAUAUGUGCACCUCUCUUUGGAGAAACUCACACGGAUCCUGUUGCUGUUGUUUGGCACCGCAGAUAAUUAACAAAGUCAGAGGAAGUAAUCCUCAACAGCUGGAAGCAACAACUUCAGCUUCCUGUUAGUCAGACCUCCUACAGACCGUCUUAAACGCAGUAAAGCUGUGUUUUUAUUGUCAUUUCAGUUCAUAUUAGACGUGAAAUUGUAGGAGAAGCCAAUGAGGAAGUUGUUUUGGUAAAAUCUGCUUCACACACUUAAAGAACGUCACUUAUCUUUGCUAUACUUUGUUAGAAAUUAAAAUUGUUAGAAAAAGUGUGACUGUGUCCGAGUCAGUGGGAUUGCAGUCGUGACUUUAACCGUAAAGUUACCAUGGAGCUCAUCUAGACACGAAGAAGACAAAAUAACUUUUUUAGAGUCUGAAAAGGGCUUCACUGAAUGUUUAUGCAAAUUUAUCAAACUUUAAAUGUCGUCCAGCUGUCGUCUGCUAUCCAAAGUUUUAAAAUACUUUUAAUCUUGUGGGUUUUUAAAGCUUAAAGUUUUCUGACUGUUUUCUCUGUUACCAGACUGUAACGUUGAUCACAUGAGAGGCAGAACCUGGAGGUGCUGCAGACUGUACAGCAGCUGCAGCGUCAGGGUUUUAUAGCCGCCGCUGUCCAGAAUCACGUAGAACUCAGUCGCUGUGUUUUGGUGCAUUGUGGGAAGCUGCAGCAGAUCUUCAAGUGCCUUGUAGCUCUUAUAUAAUAAAACUGUUAACAGAUAAAGAUCAGAAGCUGGAGCGAGCUUAGAGAAGCUGGAAAACUUUAACCACACGUUUACUGACGAAGACGUUUCCGUCUGACGUUACAAACACGAGCUGCGGAUUUAAACUGGAAACUUCCUCCUGUGUUGUUGUUUUUCCUUUUGUUGAUGCAGAAGAGCGUCGCCUUCACCGCAGACAAACUCCUACAUCACUGAACACCUGUGUGUUAUAUGUGCAACGUUAAAAGAUCACAAAAAAAAAAACAAUCUUUCUAUGUUUUUGGUGAAUGCACUGGAAUGAACCAACCUGUUAGAGAUGUCAGAGUUUAUCAUGACGAGGGGAAACAUUUGUAAAACUUGAGAUGGAUCUAAAGGGUGCAGGACGUUUGUCUUCUUCUUCUUCAGCAGCAGCUCGUGAACCACAGACAAUCACAUUUUUAUGGUUUUUAUAUUCUGACUACAACCUGCGCCCGACUCCGUCACGUCUUUGUACUCACCAGUUUUGGGGAAUGUGGUGACAAUCAUGUUAUCUUCUGAGUAUCUGUUAGUUUGUGAUUCUGUUUUUUUUUUUUAGUUUGUCGUCUCCUGAGCGUUACACACAGACUCUCGGGAAAAUACUAUGAAAUAAAUCUCCUUUUUUUUACACUGUG